UUUGCCUUAGUCAGCGAAUUGGAGUUCGGACUCUUGGAGAACACUGGCUAAUACUGAUGCCUUAGAACUGAGACCCAAAUCGCCAGGCAUCAAGUAGCUCUUAUCUUAUCGCGGGCUGCACUGCUCGGAUCGUAACGUCACCAACGCAAAUGUUUGUCGCAUUGCACCAGCACCGAAUGCCAGCACAGCACGCCUCCAACCACUGCACCAAUUGACUGAAACAAUCAAACAAUUGAAACCCGGCCGAAUCUCUCCUACGAAACUGGACCGAUCACUCUCAAUCGAAAUGUCCGAACCUCAGAAGCCCGCGACGGCCGCACCCGAAAAGGUCGACGAGACAUACACUGAGAGUAAGGCCAAGUUCGAAGGGAAAGCGAAGAGCGAGUACUUUGAUCCUUGUCAAGAGCUUGCGCAGAAGAGCAUCAAAUGCCUGCACCGGAAUGGGGGAGACAAGACCAUGUGCGGAGACUACUUCCAAGCAUACCGAGAUUGCAAGAAGGCCUGGUUCGACAAGCUUAGAGAAGAACGAAAGGCAAAGGGUGCUUGGUGGUGAUGUGAAUGGAUUCGAUUGACAUAUGCCGACGCCGAUAUGAUACCGAGACGAACCGAGCCGAAUCACGUCGAGAAAGUCCUUGCAAGGGCAAGAAGAUACGGCGUUGUACAUUUUGUAAAACAACAUGCAUGCAUGGAAAGGAGUAAUCAUGUGUAUGAGUAACUCGGUCAUGUUUCAAGAUAGAUACCAGCUCUUCUCUUUGGGUUCAAUGGCUGCUGAUGGAGCAAGCCUGCCGUGUGCCUGCAUGCCCAGUCCAGGCAGUGCUAC